AUGUCCAGGUCAAAUCCUAGCGACCAAGGUCAAGAGCCCGAUCCAGCUGUGGAAGACAUUGUCGAUUCAUCAUGGUCGCUUUCCGAAAGCAUCAGAAACUUCCCAGAAGAGUUUGGUAGAACGUAUCACGCGUACAGGGCUGGAUCAUAUGGGUUUCCCAACGACCCCAUCGAACAAGAACGCCUAUUUCUGCAGUUCAACGCCAUGACAAGACUUUUUGGUGGAAAGCUAUACUUUGCACCCUUAUCCGCUCAAAAUCCUCCACGUUUGGUGCUCGAUGUAGCCACUGGGACGGGAGACUGGGCGAUUCAAAUGGGUGACGAGUUUCCGCAGUCGCAGAUUGUGGGUACAGAUCUAUCUCCUAUUCAACCGGAGGAUGUUCCACCGAAUGUCUCUUUUUUUGUCGAGGAUUCAUCUGAACCGUGGGAGUUUUCUCAAAAGUACGACUACAUACACACACGAGUAACAUCCGGCUGCUGGGCAUCGUUUGAGGACCAGAUUGCGAAAGAGGCGUUUGCAAACCUUCAGCCCGGCGGAUGGUUCGAGUCGCAAGAGUUUGACAGCAUCAUCAGCUCGGACGACGGCACGCUGGCCGAGGACUCGGCCCUGGCUCGAUGGUUCCACGACAUGGCGGUUGCCGGCGACGUCUGCAACCGACCGACUGUCAUGGCGCACAAGCUCCGCGAGGUGUACGAGCGCGUGGGGUUUGUGGAUGUGCAGGAGAAAAUAUUCAAGAUGCCGACCAAUGGAUGGGCCAAAGACGAGAGGCUCAAGGACAUUGGACGCAUGUGGGAGAGAAACCUGGGCCCCGGUCUGGCCGGCAUAUCGUUCAGCAUGUUCAACAGGGCAUUCAACAGGACGCCAGAAGAGAUCGAGGUGGCCGUGGUCGAUGUCAGGCGGGACCUGUCUGACCCUCGUAUACAUGCGUAUAUGCCGAUUUGGGUUGUUUGGGGACGAAAGCCGCACCCAGAGGAAUGA